ACCUGACACAGGGAGCUGCUCCCGCAGCUUCUUUUCCAGAAUCGUCCUGUGCAGCCUCACUGAUGACUCUGUCUGAGGAUGAACACCUGCCCAGCCCACUCUCGGAUAUGCUUUCCCUCAUUGAUGACAAAGGACCACAGACUGAGGGAAUAUUUUGGAUACCAGGAGAUAUAGCAUCCUAUGUAGCCUUAAAGAACAAAAUAAGUUCUGGAGACACAGUGGAUUGGGAGCAUGAAUCCACUCUUGUGGCAGCCAUGGCUUUACAGGAUUUUCUUCGACUGCUGCCAGGAACUCUAUUUUCAGCCAGUUUGUAUGGCCAGUGGCUCCGAGUGCUUGAGGAAGAGAAUGAGGACAAAGUAGCUGCAGUUCAGAGGCUCUUAGUCCAACUGCCAAAAGCCAAUUUUGUUCUCCUGAGGUGCUUGUUUGGGACCCUGAAUAAAAUUGUUCAACACUCCUCAUUCAAUCCAAUGACAAUACCGGACUUCGCAUUGAGUCUUGCCCCAAGAAUUCUUUCACUGUGGCAAUCAACCUUCACAAUGUCAGAAGUAGAAGAUGAAUUAAGAAAAAAGAUAACUCUCGUAUGUUUUCUAAUCCAAAACUAUGCUGAGAUAUUUGGAGGUGACAUGAGUUUUGUCUCGAGGGAGAGCUCCCUGAGUUCUUACAACAGCUUUGAAGAGAUUGCACAGGAUUCCAACAAUAUCUUGGAGAAGAAUGAUGACACUCUGGCGAAGACAAUGGCCCAAACUCUGGAAUGUCCUCCAAUAGAGGAGAGAGAGAUUAAAAUAAAGGAAGAGCUGAUGGAUAACUCUAAACCAACCUUGGGUAUGGACCCACCCAACUUUCUGCCUUCUAUGUUAACUGAAGAUUGGACUCGACAGGGAACACAGAAACCUUUUGAGUCUGGCCCAGAGCCCAGCAUUGAGACUGAUGGGAAGGCACCAGUGGACUGCAAUGUAAAGGCCACACCUGACAAAAUGGUAAAGCCUCUGGAGCCUCCUCCGGUGCCAGACUUAAUGAGUGAUCUCAAGCAUCGUGUGGAAGCAGAUGCCAGACCCACAUCUGAGCCUCACCUGAAGGCAACUCAAAAAGAGAAUUAUGUAAGAAAGUGGAUUUUGCAGCGCUCCUCAUGGAGAAAACGUGACAACCUGCCCCAACAGUCUACCCAGACAUGUAGGCCAGCUCGGCUAUUUGGAUAUCUUAUUCAAGAUAUCUGUGAGCAGGACAGCUUGCCCAAACCUCUUUUCGAUAUGCUUCGUGUAAUCGAUCAAAAAGGUCCACUCGCAAAAGGCAUGUUUAUAAAACAUGGGAACUUGAAAUCAUGCUCAGAGCUACAGAAAAAAUUAAACUUUGGAUAUGCGGUGGAUUGGAAGAAAGAACGCACUCUGGUGGUUGGAAGCGUCUUCCUGGAGUUUCUUCUAAGUAUACCAGGAACUCUAUUUAUGGAGCACCUGUAUGAUGACUGGCUUCGUGUCCUAGAUGAAGUAGCCAGGAAAGCUAAAGUAGCAGCAAUUCACAGACUUUUAAAGCUACUUCCAAAACCCAAUGAUUAUCUCCUAAGAUCCAUGUUUGGGUCUUUAUUCAAGAUUGCCCACUAUACAGCAUCUUUUCAGAAGGCAUGUUUUGAUCUGUCCGUUAGUAUAUCUCCUAGCCUCCUUUGGCUGCCGAUUGCCGAUACUUCAGAACAAAACACAGAAUGGCGUCGAAAGGCUUCACUGAUUCGAUUUAUGAUUGAGAAUUACCUUAGGAUUUUCAAGGAAGAUAUGACUGCCCCAAAGAGAGAAAAUGCAGAAAAUCAAGACAACUGCCCCAAACUUUCAGAUCCUUGCCUGAAGCCAACUGAAAGAGGGGGUUCUGGGAGUAAGUCACUGUUUCAACGGGGCCCCUGUGAAAACCAGGACAAUGUGCCCCAGGAGUGUACCUCGUGCACCCCUCCACCAGUUAAGCUGUUUGGAUCUCUCAUGCAAGAUAUCUGUGAUAACGACAACCUGCCGAAAUCUCUUUUGGAUUUAAUAUCUUUUAUUGAACAAAAAGGUUUGCACAAAAAGGGCAUUUUUAUGUUUGGCUGUAAAAGCAGAGUCCUAAAAGAUAAACUGAAUUGUGGACUCCAGGUGGAUUGGGAGCAUGAAUCUGUCACUGCGGCUGCAACCACAUUAAAGGAUUUUCUUAGAAAUAUCCCAGCAAGCCUGUUUACAGGCUUCCUAUAUGAUGACUGGCUUCAUGUUCUGGAUGAAGGGAAUGAGGAUGCUAAAAUAGCAGGAAUCCAAAGACUUUUGCAUAACCUUCCAAAAUCGAACAGGAACCUCAUACAUUCCCUCUUUGGCCUCUUGGAGAAGAUUGCAAAGCAUUCAUCUUCUAACUACAUGACAGCAUCGAAGUUGGCAUCGUGUAUAGCUCCAAGCCUUUUUUGGUUAAAUGAAUCUACAAUCCUCAAAAGAAUAAAGGCACACAAGAGAAAGGUUGCUGUUGUAAAAUUUCUGAUUAAACAUUUCUCCCGCAUUUUUGAGGAAGCUGUCACUUCCCCUAUGGACGAAAAUGCAAUAAAUCUGCAGAGCUCUUCAAAAACUUCAGAUAGUGCAUCAAUACGAUGCAUCCACUACUGCAGAAAUACUGAUACUUGACAAGAAAUCAAAAUUGAUGGAUAAUGCUCAGACUACACCUGCCAUCGGCUCGAUCGGCUGCCCUUGAAUUUCCUGAGUUCUUUAAUUCUGACAUUUGCACAUACAUAUGACCUUUAUCUCAUACUUACUUUCACAUUGGAUUAAGAAUUAUUUGACAGAUGUUCACAAUAUUUUCCUAAAUUUUGGAUAAAAUCUUUGCUUUCUAUCAGAAGUAAUGGAAUAUAUUAGUAAUGGAAUGGACAGGAAGCACCUUCAACUUAGACAAAUUCACAAAAAUCAUCUUUUCCUUUACAGGAAAAUGCAUGAGAUUUUGUUUUCUUGAAGAUACUUUUCACUGGUCUUAUAGCUAUUAAAAAUACCUUACAGUCCAGUUUUUAAAUAUU